GUCCGUGGUGUUCGGUUCGCGAGUCGCGCAUCCGCAUCAGCUUUUUUUUUCGAAAAUUAAUUAAUUAAAUUAAUGCAAAAUGCGGCAGCUGAAAAAUUGCGUUAAAAGAAAGCUGCGCUAUAGCCUGGGCAGCAAUUGAAUUGUUAAAUAUGAUCAACAAACUAGCAGUCAAUUUUUAAGUUGUACAUGUGUGUGUGUGUGUGUUUGUGUCUGUGUUUGCGUGCGUGUUUAUGUGUGCGUUUAUGCCUGCGUGUAAGUGAAAUAAAAGCAAUUGUAAAUGAGUGCGCAAAGAAGUUGUGAAGUGGCGGCAGCGACAGCCAAGCCCAAAACUUCAGUCAAGCAUUACGAGAGAGAAGAACGCUACAAAUAUUAAAACAAAGUGCAAAUGACGAGAGCGUCAAACACAUUGGCAAAUUAAAUAAAAGUCAAAGAAGAAAUACCGCAGUAAGCAGCGGUCAGCAGUUCCAGGUGUUCAGCAAAUUGCAGCAGCAGCAACAACAACAACGAAAACAGCAGCAACACACACUCACACCCGCACAGGGAGCGGCAGCAGCAGCAGCAGCAGCAGUGGGCGACAACGUCAGCGUCGCGCAAUGACCGAGGAAUUGAAAGUGGUGCUGCGCCGCAGUCGCAGUGAGCAGCAUUCCGGUUUCGGGUUUUCGCUGCUCGGCACAACUGGACCGCCGCAUGUCAUCUACGACAUUGUUGAGAAUUCGCCGGCCGCCGAUUGUGGUGCGGUCGAAGCGGGCGAUGUUAUAUUGAAGGUCAAUGGCAUCGACGUGCAUCGUCACACUACAAAAGAAGUGCUUAAAUGUUUGCGUCUAUCGGAGAACUUAGUAACCUUGGAACUGAAACGAGAUCCCAAGCUCAAGGCGCGCAUUAAAGAACAGUUGGCUAAUACGCAGAGUCCGCAUUACGUGGACAUUGAAUCUCCCGUCAAUAUCUACGAUUACAGCAGCAGCCCGAACGCUGCCUCUCCCAAGCAUCAGCGCCAGCAUCAGAAGGGCGGAACCACGCCCACUAAUGCUGGUUCGCCAGCAUUGCGUUAUAAGUCGCCCACGCAUUUGCCAUCGUUGCGUCAGAAUUCGCCAACUACAACAGCGAUAACGUCAAUUGCCGCAGCGUCCACUACAACCUCAAUUUACACGCACAGCCGCAAUUCUUCCGCCAGCUCGACCAAGAUUCAAAUGGUGGAAUCCACCACAAUUACAACGAGCAUUAGCAACAGUAACAUUGCCACAUCACCCACUGCAGCUGUCAGCGGCGCUACCUCGCCCACGUUUCGCCCUUCACGCAUUCCACAGGCGCUGAAAGCCGCCGCCCAAAAGCCAGUGCCACAAGUGCAGUCGCCGCAGCAUAAGCGACCGCGCCCCUCCCAAAUACCAACGAAAGCGGCUAACGGCAACAGCUUGCAGCCGCUACAGCACUCGAACAGUUACAGCGGGAGUCCAGCUGUUUCCCGGCAACGCCACACGGAACGCGAGCCAGAGCAGGAACCGAACUCGGCACCGCCGCAGCCGGCAAAGGCGCCACGCUUUGAGGCUUAUAUGAUGACCGGUGAUUUAAUAUUGAAUCUAUCAAGAACUCCCCAAUCCAGCAAUUUGCUAACGGCUCAAGCCAAGAAGGUGGACAGUCUGCGGGAUUUUCCGAAACGCAAUCUGGCGAAUGCGCGUGCCAAUGGCGCCUUAGCACCGCGUGCCUCCGGCGAGUCUUCGCCCACAUCUUCUUCAUCGGUGGAUUCGCCAACUAAUACGGCUAGCUCGGAUUCCAAUAAACGUGAGGCAAGGCUUCAACGUGGCCAGCAGCAACAGCAGCAGCAACAACAACAGCAGCAGCAGCAACAGGAACGCGACAGCAUCAACAACAGCUACAAUCGUCGGGAUUCGCUGACCAAUGACACUUUGUUAAUGUGCGAGGAGCUGGAGCGCGAUGAGGAUGCCACUACGGACUAUGGGGACAAUAAGCGCCAGCAGCAACGUCAGCAGCAACAGCAACAACAACAGCGCUAUCGACAGCAGCAGCAUCAGCAGCAACAACAACAACAACAACAGCGCUAUGAGUACUACCAAAACGAAGAUGAGCUGGAGGCGGAUCAGGAUGAACGCGAAGAAGAUCAAACACAUUACGACAUCACAAACAUCGAAACGUACCAGAGUGGUUUGGGUCGCGGUGACGAGGACGACAGCGAUCGCCAGUGUUUGGUUGAUGAAGACGAUGAUGAUGACUAUGAUGAGGAGGACAACGAUGCCGGCGAUGAGGAAUACUCUACAAAUUCACUUGGCUCCGGUUCCGGUUCAACCAAGCAGCGUAUGCGUAUGCUUAAACAGCGUAGCGUGAUGCGGCAACAACAGCAACAGCGGAAUCGCGAUGCCGUUGAUUGUGCUGCACGUGUGACCGCUGGCUAUUCCGCGUCCACAUCCAACUCAUCUGGCACGGUUAAAAGCGAGGCGGUUUUGGGCCUGGGUCAGGAUGAGACCUCCUUCUCAGUGCCAACAUCGCCAAUUUCGUUGUCGACGCCUCUAAUUGAUAAGGAGACGGCCAGCUCGGUGCCCACCAGCCCGGAGCCCAGCUCACUGGCGGCCGAGUCAAGUAAUGCUGCCGCUGGCGUUGGGGCCGUUGUGGUGCGUCGCCACAAUGGUCACGUGGUGCGCAAGUGUGACGCUGCAGGCUUUCGCACCAGCAAGUCUGAAGAUCAUCUGCAGCAGGUACAGCGCGAGGGCAUUGCGGCUGUGAUACCCAUUGAUAUUGAUGAGGAUGUGAAUAGCUCAUUGAAUACGCUGCUGGAUACGCGUCACGAUUCAGAAGAUUCGCAGGCAUCGAAUCGCGAUCGCAUCGUUUGGACUUACAAUGCGCCACUGCAGCCGCAUCAGUUGCAGCAGUUGCAGCAGCAGCAACAGCAGCAACAGCAACAACAGCAGCAGCAGCAACAACAGCAGCAGCAGCAAUACUACGGUCAGCAAUCGCAUUCAAAUUCACAUUCAAGCUCCAUUAGCUCAUCGCCACAGCAUUCGGCAGCCGGCAGUCCGGCGUCGCCCACGUCGGUGUCCUCGUCCGUUAUGUCCUCGUCAGGCUCGAAAAGCGCACAGCAGCAGCUACAGCAAAAUCAGCUACAGCAACAGCAGCAGCGGGAACAGCCAACUGUUUUUGUGCCGGGUCUGUUGGGCUGCCCUAAUGGUGGUGGUGCUAAUGGUGCUAAUGGUGGUGGUGGUGGUGGUGGUUUUGGCAACGAUCAGAGCGUCUCAGAGGCCAUAUCAAAUAUCUCUAGUCCCGACUAUCAAGACGACGAUAACUUAUUGAGUUCUCGCGAUAUUUUAGGCGGCAUGGUACUUAGCGAUCCCAGCGACUCUGACUCCACCAUACUCGUCUCGGAUGCGGCAGCCCAGCAGCGCCAACAACAGCAGCAGCUGAAGCAACAGUUGCGCGCCCAGCAACAGCAGCGGGAACGUGAUCGAGAUCCUUCCGAGCACAAGCUGGUCAUUCAGGUGCGCGGCAUGGAUAAUAGCAACACCAGCAAUGCAACACGAUCUGAAGAGGAUGGCACCACACUAACAGAGGAGCCGCUUACAGCGAUUGGGGCGCGUGAUGGAUCGCCGCCCGUUUCGGAUGAUGGCAGCGAUGUUGAGUCACUGCACUCGUAUCACUACUCGCCCAAAGCCGUGGAUAUGCCCUCGGCCAUACGCCUGGCCAAAAGACUGUACUGUCUCGAUGGUUUCAAGAAGAGCGACGUGUCGCGGCAUCUUAGCAAAAACAACGACUUUAGCCGCGCUGUAGCUGAUGAGUAUUUAAAGCAUUUUAAUUUUGAAAAGAAAUCUUUGGAUCUGGCGCUGCGUGAAUUUCUGCAGCAAUUCUCGCUAUCUGGCGAGACACAGGAGCGUGAACGCGUGCUGGUACAUUUCUCGAAGCGUUUCCUGGACUGCAAUCCCGGCACAUUUAACUCACAGGACGCAGUGCACACUCUAACAUGCGCCAUUAUGCUGCUCAACACAGAUCUACAUGGUCAAAACAUGAAUCGCAAGAUGAGCUGUGCCGAAUUCGUUGACAAUUUGGCCGAUCUCAACGAUGGCGAAAACUUUCCGAAGGAUGUGCUCAAGUAUUUGUAUCAGGCCAUCAAAACCAAGCCACUGGAAUGGGCUCUCGAUGAAGAAACCGGGGAGCAGCAGCAACAGCAGCGCGCCAAUAACAGUACCGCACUGACUGGCGUUAGUCAGAAUCCUUUCCUGGAUGCACCUGAAUCGGCCACGGCGGUGGAGUACAAAAAGGGCUAUGUGAUGCGCAAGUGCUGCUACGAUACUAGUUUCAAGAAGACACCGUUUGGCAAACGCUCUUGGAAAAUGUUUUUUAUAACGCUGCGCGAUCUUGUUUUAUAUCUGCACAAGGACGAGCACGGCUUUCGUAAAAGUCAAAUGUCCGACAAUUUGCAUAAUGCGAUACGCAUACAUCACGCACUGGCCACCAUGGCCAACGACUACACUAAGAAGCAACAUGUGUUCCGGCUGCAAACAGCCGAUCAGGCCGAGUAUCUAUUUCAGACCAGCGACUCCAAGGAGCUGCACUCCUGGGUAGAGACCAUCAACUAUGUGUGCGCAGCGUUUUCGGCGCCACCUCUAGAAGGCGGUGUGGGUAGUCAAAAGCGUUUCCAGCGUCCGCUGUUGCCCAGUGCACAAACAAAACUGUUAAUGAAGGAGCAGCUUGACUCGCAUGAGUUACAAGUUACCCAAUUAAAGCAUGAACUGAAGGAGCAUCAAAAGACGCCUGUGCCCAGCAAAGGUUUGCCGCUGCAGAAUCACAAGGAGAAGGAGGCGUACUUGCAAUAUGAGCUCCGUCGCUACGAGGCUUAUGUAAACAUUUUAACCGCCAAACUGCUCACCGAUCAGCAGCCAUUGGAGCUGCAAUGUCAGCAGGCAGCCCCGCCAACGCUUGAGGAGGACGCGGACACAUUCCCUGUGGGCACAGGCAGCAUGCCCACAACGCCGCAAAGUAUUAAUACUCAUCAGCAGCAGCAGCCACAGCCGUCAACCAACAGCAGCAUAUACCCUGUUCUGUUGCGUUAUUUUUCAUAUCAAGCAAGCAAAAUGGCAAAAACCAAAAAGAAGAAUUCUUAAAUUUUUACAGAUGGUUCGAUGGCACCUGCUGUUGUCUGGCGCCCUGGCGGCAAUUGCUCUCCUAUUUCAAAAGCUAAAUAUAAGAAUGCAAUUUUUGUCACAUUUUUCGAUUAGUGAAGCCACAAAAACAACAACAAACCCCUCCACAACAGUAAUCACAAGCAACAAUUGCACAUUGGAGCCAACAACAACAACAACAAGAACAACAAUAAAACAACACCAGCAACAAACUGCAAGAACAAGCAAUCUAUAGAGAAUCAGUCCUUAAAAAUGGCUCGCCCCAAAUGUGAGCAAGUCAAAUGCAAAAUUUCAAUGUUUUAACGUUAUUGUAAACUGUCCAGUUUGUAUAGUUUGGCUGUAUUUAUACAUAUAUAUAUAUAUAUUCUGA